AUGGCCGACAACGAGAAACGGGUUUCUACAGGUGAGACUCAGGAGAUUCCCCUCGAAUCUCUGCCGCCGACCCAACUCCCCAUCGCGAGCGAUUCAUCAUCUGAGUUUGACGAGUCCUUCUCUUACGACCAAGAUGAACGCGAUUUCCAUAUCACUGAGCAGGACCUUCACGUCACCGAGGAUGACCUGCUCGAGGCUCGCGAACUUGCUUCAAAGUACACCCUCGAGGAUGUGCGCCACAUAAUGGCUCGCGUCUACCGUAUCCACGAAAAGGACCCCAAUUUCCCGCACACGGUGAUCCAGAAGAUCGAGGCUUUUCUAGGAAACGACGAACUGUUCACGAACCCUGAGAAACACGAGAACCUGGUGCAGGAGAUGAAGCUUGAGGCCGCCCUCAUCACAAAUAACAGCCCUUACGCCGAAGUUCGUGCUGUUGUUGAGAACAAGGACGACACCAGCAUUCCCAGUUCUACUAUUCGAAGUUGGGCAAUCGGCCUCAUCUUUUCCAUGCUCCUUGCUUUCACCAACCAGCUCUUCGAUAUUCGCCAGCCUGCCAUCCGCAUCAUGGCUAACGUCGCUCAGCUGCUUUCAUACCCGAUUGGCAAAGGUUGCGAAAGGUGGCUACCUGACUAUGGCAUCACCCUCUUCGGAGUGCGACAUUCUCUCAAUCCAGGCCCUUUUUCCAAGAAGGAGCAUAUGCUUAUCACCAUUAUGGCCAAUGUUGCGUACAACACUCCCUAUACCAACCUGAUCAUCUGGGUUCAAUACCUGCCCCAGUACUUCAACCAGCCAUAUGCCUCGCACUUCGCCUACCAGAUUCUCAUUGCUCUGAGUACCAACUUUAUCGGUUACGGAAUGGCUGGUGUCUGCCGUCGCUUCCUCGUUUAUCCCUCGUACUGUGUUUGGCCCGCCUCAUUGGUUACGAUUGCGCUCAACUCGGCUUUCCAUACAGACAACAACUCCCCGGUACAGGGACCCUUUGCCAAGAUUUGGCGCGUUUCCCGCAUCAAGUUCUUCUACGUCAUGUUUGGUGCCAUGUUUGUCUGGUUCUGGUUCCCUAACUACAUCUGGACCUCGUUAUCCAACUUUAGCUGGAUGUCUUGGAUUGAUCCCUACAACCGCGAUCUCAACACCAUUACCGGUUUCAACAAUGGUCUUGGCAUCAACCCGUUCCCAACUUGGGAUUGGAACGUUCUCCUCUGGGAUUCGGCUGAUCCGCUCAUGGUUCCUUUCUUUAGUACCUUCAACCGAUUUGUUGGUGCUUUCAUCUCUAUGUGGGUGGUGUUGGGUCUUUGGUACUCCAACAUCUACAACACUGGAUAUCUUCCCAUCAACAGUAACCGUGUCUACGAUCGCUGGGGUCAGCUCUACAACGUCACUCGAGCCAUUAAUGACCGAGGCCUUUUCGACGCUGAAAAAUACGAAGACUACUCACCUCCCUUCCUCGGAGCUGGCAACGUUGUCAUCUACAUCUUCUUUUUCGGUAUCUACACUUCGACACUCACUUACGCUCUCCUGUUCCACAGACGUGAGAUUGUUACUGGUUUCAAGGGUCUCUUCAACAGCAUGAGGAAGAAGUCAAAGCGUGCCGAGGAAGUUCACGAUCUUGAUGUCCAUACUCGUCUCAUGAAGGCGUACCGCGAAGUCCCCGAGUGGUGGUAUAUGGUGUGCCUUGUUUGCGCCAUGGCAUUCGGUAUUUCUGGUAUUGCUGGAUGGGACACACAUACGUCGCCUGGUGUUAUCUUCUACGGUCUCGCGCUUUGCAUCGUCUUUGUUAUUCCUGUCGGAAUCAUCAAGGCCAUGACUGGAAUCGAGGUCACUCUCACUGUUCUUGCAGAGUUUAUCGGAGGUUCUUUCGUUGAAGGUAAUGCUCUGGCUAUGAACUACUUCAAGUCGUUCGGUUACGUCACUUGCGCUCAUGCUGUCAUGUUCUCCAACGAUUUGAAGCUCGCUCAUUACGUCAAGAUUCCUCCUCGACAUACCUUCUUUGCUCAAAUUAUUGCUACCUUCAUCAGCACCUUUGUUUGCGUCGGUGUUCUCAACUUCCAGAUGACUCAAAUCCCCGGUGUCUGCACAGAGGAUGCCCGCUGGAAGAUGUCAUGCCCCAGUGUCAACACUUUCUUCACUGCCUCUGUUCUAUGGGGUACCGUUGGACCAAGCAAGAUUUUCGGAAAGGACGGUCUUUAUACAGAGGUCUUGAUUGGUUUCCCUCUCGGAGUUGUGGUUGUCCUCGCUGUUUGGGCGAUCAACAAGAGGUUCCCUCACUGGACAUGGACAAGACAGAUCCACCCUGUGGCCAUCAUGUACGGAGGCAUUGUCUGGGCUCCUUACAACAUGUCUUAUGUCUGGCCUUCAGUACCCAUUGCGUACUUUUCCUGGAUUUAUCUCAAGUCACGAUACCUUGGCUUGUGGUCUAAAUACAACUUCGUGCUAUCUGCAGCUUGGUCCUGCGGCAUUGCCAUUGCAGGCAUCAUCAUCUUCUUCUCCCUUCAGCUUGAAGGCACCGAAUUCAAGUGGUGGGGCAAUACCGUUGGCUACGUAGGAUGUGAGGACGACGCUUGUCCCCUCCAGCCUCUGGAGGGUAACGAGUACUUUGGCCCCCGGGUGGGAGAGUUCUACUAG